AUGAACGAUAACUUGAUUGAUGAAGAAAACGAAGGUAAUGUAUAGGAUAAUAGAAAAAAACAUAUCAAUUAAUUAUUGAGUACAUGUUAAAAGGUUUCAAUUGGAUGUUUAUCAAUAUUUGGAUUGGGAUUAUUUAUAUUAUCAUUUUUUAUGCCAUCAAUAAUUGAAAAUUAGAUUAAUGGUAAAGUGCCAGAUUAAGUGAUUUUGACAGAAGAUAAUAGUGGUUUAUGGGCAAAACUUCCAGGAGAUUCUUAAGUUGAUUUAAUGAGAGUAUUAACAGUCUAUGAACCGACAAAUUUACUUGACGUCAUUUUUCGUGGGUAAAAACCAGAAUUUAUUGAACAUUAAAAUGUUUAUUCAUUAAUUUAGGUUUAAGAAUUUAUUAAUCGUACUUACACAGAAGACGGUAAAGAAGUUAGUAGUAAUCGAUUUGUAACAUUUUAAGAGAAAAAUGCUGAAGAAGGAACAAAAUAAUAUGAAGUUUUAAAUCCAGGAUUAUUUGGAGGUUGGUAUUUAGGUACUCAUUUAUCAGAACCAAAAUUAUCAUGGAUGACUAUUGGAUAAGUACUGUAAAAUUUGUACGAAUAAUUAGUGUUAAAUAUAUACUAUUAAGGAUUUCAUUAUUAAUUUGUAAAAGAUGAGGCAUCUUCAAAUGCUUUAUUGAAAAUGAUAACAGAUGAAUAAAAACGAAAGGAUAUGUUUAAUGAUCAUUUUAUGGGAUUGGGAAACCCAGAUACAAUGGAAAAUUGGGUUCGUUUGGGUUUAGAAGGACAUGAUUUUGGACCUGCAGGUUAAUUAUUAAAAGAUUACUUUGAUCUAAAUUAAGAAUAAGUUAAUGAUAUUAGAAAGGUAAUAAGUUAACAAAUUAAAGCUAUAAAUGUAUCUGCAAUGGCAAAUAGUUAUAAAUGUAAUCCUUAUGGAUAAGAUCCUGAUUAGAAGAAAUAUAAAUAUGAUUGUGAUGGUAAAUAUUUUACUGCUUUAUAAUGGUAAUCAAGUGGUAUUUCAGCUAAUCCUCCACCAGGAUUAGGAAUAUUGCCAACUGAUUCUGUAAAUUUUACUAAUAAUACUUUGCAUGAUUAUAUUGAAAUUUCAUAUUUUUACAAAGGAGGAGAAUUUAAACCUGAUUAUGGUUAAAUGACAUUCGAUUUAGAUUGGGCAUAUUAAUUUUUAAAUAGAAAUUAUGAUUAUCCUAAUGGUGAUUCUAUGAAAGAUGAAAAUAUUUUAUAACAUAAAGGAAAUGUCGAGUUUAUUUAUGAAAUUGGAGCUAAAUUUGAUAAAAGCAAUAAUUUAGAAGACUUGAAACCAAUGUAAGAGAGAUUUAAAAUUGAAUCAUUAGAAAUGACUCAUGUUGUUUACAAAUGGUUAUAAUAAAUGGGAGUAAAUUUUUCUUAUAGAAAAAAUUUGGAUGGAAAGAUUGAUCAUGGUGUAAUAGGAAUGUUUGCAAGUGAAUCUAUUUAUUUUCACUUUAGAAAUGUUAGUGAAUUUUUAUUACCUUUUUUAGUAAGUUAAGAAGUUGUAUAUAAGUAAAAAUGGAGUGAUUGUAAAACUAUGUUUAGAUAAAGUAUUGGGAAUAUUGAAGAUUAAUAAGUUGAAUCAAUUUGCAAAAGUAUGGGAUACUAAUUAAAUUAUAAUCAUUUCAUGACUUUAUAAUCAUUAUGUACAUUUGGAGUUUAUGGAUAUUAGUUAUAGGAAUUUGGAAAGAGUCAUUAAUUAAAUACAAAUUAAAUUUUUGAGAUAUGUUCAGAGAAGGGUUCUAGUGACUAAUCUUUUUAAGCUAUUAUAGAACUUGUACAUUCAGAAUUGAGAUAAAAAUACAAAUGUUAAUAUAGUCACUGUUCUAAAUAGGAAUUAGCAAUUAAAUAAUUUGCUAGAUGUGAAAUAACACUUAAUCCACCUGCUUCAUUAGAAAAGUAAAUUAGUAUUCAUUAUUGGAAUAAAAAGAUAUUUCCUCGUCCUUUUGAAUAUGGGUAUUUUAUGUCAGAAUUUAAGGACAUUUUUAUUAAAGAUCCUCCUAAAUUGUCAGAUGAUAAGGCUAAAAAGAUAUUACAUUUUAAGGGAAUAUUUAAUCCUUUAGCAAUAACAUCUGCAUUUAUUUAUUAAAACAAACAUCCUAAAUUUGAAAAGGAAUUCAAAGAUAUAUAUUAAGUGGAAGAAUAUGAACAUUUAACUUAAUAUUUACGUUUUGCUGCUAUUUAAGGAGUGAUGGGUGGAAUGACAACUCCUAAGACUCCUAAAGAUUUAUUUUUUGGUUAUUCUGAAUAAUUAGGAGAGGAAUUAAAAAAUAAAGAUCCAGCUGGAAAUGGAGAUAAAGCUACAAAUUCAUGGGUAAUGAUGGGUGAUCCAAAUAUGACAAUGGCAGAUAGUUAAAAUUAUCCAUAAGUUUUAUAUACAGGGAAAGAUAAUUUAACAAUGACUAGAUAUAUAAAGUCUAUGAAUAAAUUUGAUUAUGCAAUUGUAAUUACAUAUUUAAUAUAUAAUUUAGUACAAUUAUUCAUAUUUUGAUGGGAAUAAAACAAUUACAAAAUGGGAAAAUCCUUGGAAUGAAAAAGAGGAUAUAACUUCAUCAACAGAUGGAAUUACUUUUAAGCCCUUUUUAGAAUAAUAAGAUAUAAUUAGACUUUAUGUUCCAUAAAUAUAUAGAGUUUGUAAUAAUUAUAAAUUAUGAUUUAUAGUGGAAAUGAAAGCAAUAGGAGAUGGACCAUAAAUAUAUGGAUUAGAUACUAUAAGUUUUGAAUUAGACAUAGAUAAUCUUAAUAUUGAUCCUAAAUAUUAUAAUUAAUGGAAUGGUACAAUUAAUUUAGAGAAACCAUUUAAUGCUCCAGUAGUUGUAUCUUUACCUCAUUUCUAUAAAAGUAAAAGUAACCUUAAAGAUCUUAUAAUAAUUAAAAACUAAAACGGACAUCCUAUUGUUGCAAAUGAAUAUGAUAAAAUAUAUGCCAACAUUGAGAAAUUCUCUGGUGCUCCUUUAUAAGCAGUUAUUCAAUUCAUGAUAUCUAUGAAAAUUUAAAAGGAUGAAUUAUUUAAUAAUGUGACUGAAGAUAUGGUAUUACCUUUAAUCACUUUAUAUAAUUCAGGCAACUUCUCUGAACAAGGAGUUAAAGAUAAUUUUGGAGAUCUCAAGUUUGGAUUAUCUAUAAUCAAUUGGGGUUGGUACUUAAUUAUGAGUAUUGGUAUUAUUAUGAUUUUGGGUGCAGCACUUAUUAUCGUAAUAGCUAAGUACAAAAAGACUUAAGUAGUAUCAGUCAUCAGUGAUUUAUGA